UGCUCCGCGGCGCGGGGCCGGAAGGAGCGGCACCCGGAAGUGGCAUUGGGCAAUUGGAGAGCGGGGCUCGCGGAGAUGGCUACAGGAACAGACCAGCUGGUUGGACUUGGCCUUGUGGCCUUUAGCCUUGUGGUCUUCACCUACUACACCAUCUGGAUUAUAAUCCUGCCCUUCAUCGACAGCGAUCACGUGAUCCACAAGUACUUUCUGCCCCGUGAAUAUGCGGUCACGAUCCCCUUGGUCGUGGGGCUGAUCCUGCUCCUGUUCGUCGGAAUAUUCAUCACAUAUGUGAUGCUGAAGAACAGGAAGCCCACCAAGAAGUCAAACUGAGAAGGCAGCCAGGUCAGGGAUGGGGCAAGAGGCAUAAAGGAGCUGGCCUGGUCCAGGGGCUGCCCCUCUUCAUCGUUCCCUCCCCCCUGCCCUCCCCCACUCUCUCUCUGACAGCGGAGAGCAGUGCAGCCAACCCUGAGACCAACGAGCUGAGGUCAGUCGUCCGUCAGGUCCAAGCUCUUAUGGAGCGGCAUGAUGACAGCGUAAAAUAAGGUGCCGAGGUGGAGCCCAGUCCCGGCUCUGUCCCAGAAUCACUCGGCUGGUGUCGGAGCCCCCGGGUCACCGCUGCUCACUUUGGCCCUAGGACCGUAGCGUGAGCUGAAUUCUCCCUGGCCUCAGGCUCGUGGGCUUCCAGCGACUUCCCCAUCUUUCCUGACUUCCACUGGGUUCCACAUAAAUGACCUCUUAGGAGGAGCGAGGGCAGUGGAUCCUCGUUCCUCAUCCCGCGUCAUAUCCCCUUCCUCCCUGGCCCUUCUCAUGGCUGUUCCAGCCACAUUUCCUCCAGCCCCUUCCUUGUCGUCUUUACCUCUUGCGAUGGGGCAAGGCAGCUGUCCGGAGGCAUUGCCGAGGUGGUCUCGGCAGACACUCUCCGUCUGUCCCGCCGACCCCAUCGUUGCCAGAAGAGUUCUCAACGCUCCGACUUAUCUCUUGACCCAGAAGGAGAGGAAGAGCCACAGACUGCAGAGACCUCAAUCCGUGUGGACCAAGGCUGGUGCAGAGGUUACCAGCCUGGCGUCGGUUUCCCUGGGGUUGAGGGGGACCAGGUGCUCUACCAGUUAGACUGCUGAGUGGCUCUCCGCACUCCAGAGCCACAGAGUCAACAGUUUCAUUCACAUCUCAUUAAAUAUUUCAACCAUUU